AUGCUUUACGGUCAGAACCUACCAUGGCGGGUAGCUCUGCGCCAGGCGUCGCGACAGCCUAGCAGCCUCACCCGUAUCUCAUCAUCUAGCCUCUCUGCUGCUUCGCGUUCUUACCAUGCCACCGUAAUUCGCGGUACCCCACUGUCCCCGAGACACCGUCCCAUUGCCUCGUUCCCUUCACGCCACUUUGCAACUACUCCGGCGCGCCGGAAGGAGAAACCGCCGUCCUCAUCGCCGGACGAGAAAUCGGAGCAGAAGGAGGAAGAAAACAAGAAGAAUAAUCAGGAGAAGUUGGCCGAGUCCGAAACCGGAGCGGACGCAAAAUCCAAGACGCCGGACCCCAUCCCUUCGCACAAGAAUGGACAGGGCGCGGCAGCUGGAGCUGGUGGACAAGGCGGCGAGGCACCGCCAUCCAGCGGCGAGGGUGGAGGCAGGAAACGCAAGUCAGAGCGUUCGUUGCAGAAGCCGUCGGUGCCGGAGGUCUACCCGCAGGUCAUGGCUAUUCCAAUUGGCAAGCGCCCGUUAUUCCCCGGGUUUUACAAGGCCAUUACCAUCAGGAACCAGCAAGUUGCCGCUGCGAUACACGAUAUGGUUCAGAGAGGCCAGCCAUACAUUGGCGCCUUCCUGCUGAAGGACGAUGACGCGGAUAAGGACGUGAUUGAGAGUCCGGAUGACGUGCAUGAGGUCGGAACCUUCUGCCAGAUCACCAGCGCGUUCCCCGUGCAGGGAGAGGAGCCUAGCAUGACUGCCGUUCUGUACCCGCACCGCCGCAUCAAGAUGACCUCUCUGAUUCCUCCGAAUCGUGCUGCAGGCGAGACUGCCGCCAAGGUUGAGACGACACCUGUCGAAGGGGUCGAGCAAGAACAGCCCGCCAAGGACCAGCCUGCACAGGAUAAGAAGGGUGAUGUUGUGGCCAGCUUCGAGGAGGGCACAGCGGACCAAGCCAAGCAGGUUGCGCAGUACGAGCCAACCUCUUUCCUGAAGAAAUACGAGGUCAGCUUGGUCAAUGUCGAGAAUUUGACAGAGGAGCCCUUCGACAAGAAGAACCAGAACAUCCGCGCCCUUGUCGGCGAGAUGGUCAACACUUUUAAGGAGGUUGCUGCCAUCAACUCUCUUUUCCGGGACCAGAUCUCGACUUUCUCUAUGAGCCAAGGCGCCGGCAAUGUUGGGGACGACCCCGCAAAGCUCGCUGAUUUUGCCGCUGCUGUUGCCCAAGGUGAAUCUCAUGAGCUGCAGGCUGCUCUUGCAUCGAUGAGCAUCGAGGACCGGUUACACAAGGCGCUGCUGGUAUUGAAGAAGGAAUACAUGAACGCCAAGCUGCAGGACAAGAUCUUGAAGGAUGUGGAGAAGAAGAUUUCCAAAAAGCAGAGGGAAUAUUGGUUGAUGGAGCAGAUGCGCGGCAUCCGCCGGGAACUCGGCCUUGAGACGGAUGGAAAGGACAAGCUUGUGGAGAAGUUUAAGGAGAAGGCAAGCAAGCUGGCGAUGCCAGAGGCUGUCAAGAAGGUCUUCGAUGAGGAGAUCAACAAGCUUGCGCACCUGGAACCCGCCGCAUCGGAAUUCAACGUCACCCGUAACUACCUGGAUUGGCUCACGCAGAUCCCUUGGGGCCAACGGAGCGCUGAGAACUUCGGGAUUCAGAAUGCCAUGAAGGUCCUAGACGAGGAUCACCACGGCUUGAAGGAUGUCAAGGACCGAAUUCUGGAGUUCAUCGCUGUUGGCAAGUUGCGGGGCACUGUUGAGGGCAAGAUUCUCUGCAUGGUUGGCCCGCCCGGUGUCGGAAAGACUAGUAUUGGCAAAUCCAUCGCACGGGCCUUGAACAGGCAAUACUACCGGUUCAGCGUCGGCGGUCUCACCGAUGUCGCAGAGAUCAAGGGUCACCGGAGAACAUACGUCGGUGCUCUUCCCGGACGGAUCAUCCAAGCGCUCAAGAAGUGCCAGACGGAGAACCCGCUGGUGCUGAUCGACGAAGUGGACAAGAUCGGUCGCGGUCACCAGGGUGAUCCGUCGUCGGCGCUUCUUGAGCUGCUCGAUCCUGAACAGAAUAGCUCUUUCUUGGACCACUACAUGGAUGUGCCUGUCGAUCUUUCCAAGGUUCUGUUCGUCUGCACGGCCAACAUGACCGACACGAUUCCCCGGCCCCUGCUGGACCGUAUGGAAAUGAUAGAACUCUCCGGCUACGUUGCUGAUGAGAAGAUGGCUAUUGCGGAGCGCUACCUUGCACCCGCCGCCAAGGAACUGAGUGGUCUCAAGGACGUCGAUGUUCAGUUGGAGAAGGAGGCUAUCGCUGCGCUCAUCAACAAGUACUGCCGCGAGAGCGGAGUGCGCAACUUGAAGAAGCAAAUCGAGAAGGUGUACAGAAAAUCGGCGCUCAAGAUUAUCCAGGACCUUGGCGAGGACGUCUUGUCGGAGGAUAAGGCCCUCACCGAGGAGGGCAAGCACGCACAGGAAGAGGCCAGCAAAGACAACACCGAUGUCAAGGACACACCCGAGAACAUCGAGAACGAGACCACAGAGACGCCUCGUGUCGCAUUGAAGGUUCCUGACAGCGUCCACGUGCGCAUCACGCCCGACAACCUCAAGGACUACGUCGGCCCGCCAAUCUUCACCGCCGACCGCCUCUACGACACGACGCCUCCGGGUGUCGCCAUGGGCCUGGCGUGGACGCAGAUGGGCGGCGCGGCGCUGUACGUCGAGUCUAUCCUCGAGAACGCGCUGACGGCGUCGUCGCGGCCGGGCUUCGAGCGGACGGGCAACCUCAAGAACGUGAUGAAGGAGUCGACGGUGAUCGCCUACUCGUUCGCCAAGUCGAUCAUGGCCCGGCACUUCCCGGACAACCGCUUCUUCGAGCACGCAAAGAUCCACAUGCACUGCCCAGAGGGCGCGGUGCAGAAGGACGGUCCGUCGGCUGGCAUCACGAUGGCAACCAGCUUGCUGAGCUUGGCGCUCGACCACCCGCUCGAUCCGACCAUCGCGAUGACGGGAGAGCUGACGGUGACGGGCAAGGUGCUGAGGAUCGGUGGGUUGAGGGAGAAGACGGUCGCGGCGAGGAGGGCUGGUGCCAAGAUGAUUGUGUUCCCGGAGGACAAUCUGAGUGAUUGGUUGGAGUUGCCUGAGAACAUCAAGGAUGGCAUUGAAGGCAAGCCCGUCAGCUGGUACUCGGAGGUCUUCGACGUCGUAUUCAAGGACGUCAACAAGGAGAAGGCGAACCAGCUGUGGAAGGAGGAGUUGAAGAAGAAGCACGAGGGGAAGAAGGAGAAGGAGGAGGACGAUGAUUGA